AUGACCAUCUUCAAGAGCUCCGCUCCCUCCGUUGGUCGUUAUCCCGACGACAUUGAUCUCUAUGGAUUCAUGUUUGAGCAUUUUCCCGAGGACAGGCCAGAUCCAAGAGGUCGGAGCGCAGCGCUGCUCAUUGACGACGAUACGGGUGCAGGCUUGACGUUCGAGCAGGUCAAGGACAAGGUGGAUCUGCUGUCUGUAGGCCUGCAGCAACAUCUCGGCAUCCAGGACGGAAGCAGCGUAGGCAUCUUUAGUCCAAACAGUGUGCACUACCCCAUCGCACUCUGGGCAAGUCAUCGCAUCGGCGCAGUCGUCAGCGCCGCUAAUCCGGCUUUCCAACCAGACGAGCUGGCUUAUCAGAUCGACGCUGCGAAAUGCAAAGCGCUGUUUGUGGGAUAUGAAAAUAGGCAGGCUGGCUUUGCUGCAGCCCAGAGGGCUGGCAUUCCCAAGCACCACGUCGUCCUGAUAUGCGAUCCCGCCAUCGUGGCCAACAUGAGCACAGAAGAUGGUGGAAGAGUGGAGGGAGCGUGGACUAUCGAAGGUCUGAUCGCCAAAGGCCGCGAAGAAGUGAAGGCAAAGGGCGAAACUGCGCUCAAGAAUGCUAGAGCGCCCAAGCUAAGUCCAGGGCAAGCGAGAAAGAAGCUUGCUUUCCUCAGCUUCUCUUCUGGCACCACAGGCUUGCCAAAAGGUGUGGCUAUUGCCCAUUCUUCGCCCAUCGCCAAUGUGCUGCAGACGGGCGUGUCGAAUGGCGUGUCGAUCAAGCCCGAGCUGUCCAGAGGCAGGUUCAGACCGUAUCAAGACGUGAGCUUGGGCGUGCUCCCAUUUUAUCAUAUUUACGGUUUGGUGGUGGUGCUGCACUUUACUUUCUACUAUGGCAUUCCGAACGUUUGCGUGCCAAAAUUCAAGGGCAUCGAGCCGAUGCUGAGGAGCUGCAUUCGAUACAAUAUAUCCACUUGGUGGCUGGUGCCUCCCCAAGUGGUGUUGCUCUGCAAGGACCCUGCAGCAAGACAGUAUCACGAACAGAUCGUUCACUUUAUCAUGAUCGGAGCAGCUCCACUAUCCGACGAUCUCAGUCGGCAGCUCGACGCCAUUUUGCCUGGUCUGGACUGGGGACAAGGGUACGGUAUGACGGAAACGUGCACCGUGACACUCAUGCACCCGCUUGACACCAAGCCAGUCCUGGGAUCUGCAGGACGCCUGAUCUCGGACACAGAAGCCAAGGUCGUGACGCCCGAAGGAAAAGAGUGUGCAAUCAAUGAGCGAGGGGAACUGUGGAUUCGGGCCCCUCAGAACACCCUAGGAUACUUCAAUAAUGCCCAAGCUACAAAAGAAAUGUUCCUCGAAGGUAAUUGGGUGCGAACAGGGGACGAGGUGUAUUUCGAUGAGCAGCAAAACGUCUUUAUCACUGAUCGCAUCAAGGAAUUGAUCAAAGUCAAGGGAUUCCAAGUAGCGCCGGCCGAGCUGGAAGGAUGGAUCUUGAAUCAUGCCGAUGUGCGCGACUGCGGCGUCAUUGGUCUACCAGACGAGUCUGCAGGCGAGAGUCCUUGCGCCUUCAUAGCCUUGUCUGCGGACGCGGCGCAGCGCUGCCAGGGCGCUGCGAAGAAAGGCGAGCAGUCCAGGCUCAAGGCACUUGAAGCUAUCAAGGAGAGCGUCAUCAAGCAUGUAGCGGAUCACAAAGUCCGUUACAAGCACCUUGGCAGAGUGGAGAUUGUGGAUACCAUACCCGCCACCGCCAGCGGAAAGAUUCUUCGAAGAGAGCUUCGUGAAUUGGGCAAGAAGCUGUCGCCUUUGCGGCCUCAGUCCAAGCUUUAAGCCAUCUCAUUGCGACUGAUUGGGAGAAUGUCACACUGGACCCGCUAUGCAUACUCUGAACUCUUGCAUUUGAUCACACUUGCGAAUGUACGAGGACUCGCACACCUUUGCUGCUCCAGCGGCGGAUGGCUGAGUUCGCCUAACAGCAAAUACACCACCACUCGUCUGAAAGGAUUUCUCCCGUCUUCAAUGGGUCGAACCGCACGGAGAACAAGCAGCUUGCCUCAUCCCUAGCCGGACCGUCCCUUUCUCCCGCUCACCCAAUGAAGGAGUAGAGUGAGAGAAGAGGAGCUGAAUAUUCCUCUCUCCUUCAUCGCUCAGACUACCAUGGUGCUACUGACCGCUCGUUUCGAAAAGCGAGCGGCGGUCGCGGGCUAGGAGCGUCAAAUAUAUGGAGAGGUUUGUUCGUGGCAA